AUGGCUAUGUUAAAAAUUGUUUUGUUUGUUCAAAGUUCAUCAUUUUCUAAGGAACUGCACUUAUUAAGAAAUAACAAAGCUAUUUCAACUAAAAGCCAACUACUCCCAUUAAAUCCUUUCAUUGAUGAAAAUGAUGCAUUACGGGUGGGCGGAAGAUUGCAAAAGUCAUUGCUGCCGUUUGAUGCAAAGCAUCCUUGGAUAUUACCUGCGGAUCACAAAAUUAGUAGCCUUCUAAUUCGGCAAUAUCAUUUGAUUCACCUUCAUGCUGGACAAACACUGCUAACAAAUAUUCUCAGACAAAGAUUUUGGAUCAUCAAUUGCAAAAAACUCGUUAAGAAAAUUAUUAACAAUUACAUUACUUGUACACGGUAUAGGCAAGCAAAAACUACUCAAAUAAUGGGAGAUCUGCCCGAAGCAAGGGUUACACCUGCGCUUCCCUUCUCAAACACGGGAAUCGACUACGCAGGUCCUUUUGCUUUGAAAUUUAAUAAAGGAAGAGGAUCAAAAACUACAAAGGGAUAUGUUGCAAUUUUUGUGUGUCUUGCAACAAAAGCCGUCCAUUUAGAAGCAGCAAGUGAUUUGUCCGCAGAUAAUUUCAUAGCAGCAUUACGAAGAUUUAGUUCCCGUCGUGGAGCACCGCGCCAUAUAUUUUGUGACAAUGGUCGAAAUUUUGUUGGAGCUGAACGGAAGCUCAACGACAUUCAGAAGUUCUUAUUAUCUGUGAAUGAAAAUGAGGACAUUGCUUUUUUCUUAUCUCAGUCCAACAUUGAAUUUCAUUUUAAUCCACCUGCUUCUCCGCACUUUGGCGGGCUUUGGGAAAUGAAAUUUCAUUUGAAAAGAGUCAUUGGCGAAACAGUAUUAACUUUUGAAGAGAUAACCAAUUUAUUGACCCCAAUUGAAGCAUGCCUCAACUCCCGUCCACUAGUUGCUACUAGCGACAGUAGCUUGGAAGUUCAAGUCCUGACGCCAUCUCAUUUUCUUAUAGGAGAUGUUCUUCUUAGUUCCCUUGAUGAUAUUCCGGUAAAUAAUCUUUCUUAUUCUUCCAGAUGGAAUUUAGUGCAGUCCAUGAGAAAUGGAAUUUGGAAAUCCUGGAAAAGAGACUACUUAUCAACUCUACAGUCGCGGGUCAAAUGGCGAAUGCCACAGCCAAAUGUAAGAGAAGGGAAUAUAGUUCUUCUUAAGGACAGUGGUCCCGCUGGAUCUUGGACUAUGGGACGAGUUGUAGCUGUACAUCCUGGAGCUGAUUUUAAGACACGCGUGGUGGACAUUAAAACGAACUGUGGACUGUUCAGGCGAUCCAUCUCGAAACUGGUACUGUUACCAGUUGACUGUCAAGAAUGA